AUGGAGUUUAUAACGACCAUUUUUGGGACAGUGUUCAAUGGUAUGGUAGAACCUGUUAAACGACAACUAGGUUACCUUUGCAACUACAGAAGCAAUGUUCAGGAGCUACGAAGCCAUGUAAAGAAGCUCCAAGAUCAAAAGGCGAGCGUGAUAGAUCGACUUGGAGAAGUUGAAAGAAAUGGUGAGAACAUUCACGAUGUUGUCACCAAUUGGUUGACGAAGACAAGUGAGAAGAUUGCAGAAAUUGAGGAGUUUCAAAGCAAUGAAGGCCACCAGAAGACGGGUUGCUCCUAUGGCUCAUUUCCUAACUUGAAGAUAAGGCAUAAGCUUGGUCGACAAGCAGGGAAGAUGAUCCCACAGUGUGUUGAUCUGUUCCAACAAGCAAACUUUGUUACUGUUUCUUCUCGUCCAGAGCCAGAAGCAUUAGAUGUUGCUCUUUAUGAUGAUGGUUAUGAGCCGUUCAAAUCAAGAGAUGCCAUUGCAGAGCAGGUUAUGAAAGCGCUAGGUGAUCCCACAAUUAAAAUGAUUGGUAUCUAUGGGCAGGGAGGUGUCGGCAAAACCACUUUAGUUAAAGCAGUUGCAACGAAGGCAAAAGCAGAAAAGCUAUUCAACGUUGUGGUUAUGGUAAAUAUUACGAGCACUCCUGAUAUAAGAAAGAUUCAAGGAGAGAUAGCAGACAUGCUAGGCUUGAGAUUGGAUGAAGAGAGUGAGAUUGGAAGAGCGGGUCGUUUAAAACAGAGAUUCAAGAAGGAGAAGGAGAACACCUUGGUCAUCUUGGAUGAUCUUUGGGCUGGACUUGACUUGAGUCUGUUGGGAAUUCAAUUGAAGGAUGAUGAUCAGAAGACAAUUCCAAAUAUGCCUAAUAUUGGUUAUGACCAGUUGAAAGACGACAAGAUGGCAAGUGAUCCCAAAAAGUUCAAGAUUUUGUUGACUUCUCGACACAUAGAGGUAUUGUCAAGUGAAAUGGAAGUAAAGGAUUCAAUUUUUAAAGUGGAUGUCAUGGAGGAAGAAGAAUCAGAGAUGCUGUUCAAUAAGGUGGCUGGAAUAACUGAUGAAGAUUCUGAGUUGAAAUCAAUAUCAACUAAAAUUGUUCUUAAGUGUGCAAAUUUGCCAUUGGCAAUAGAAGCAGCUGGAAAAGCUUUAAAGAAUAAUAAGAACAAAGUUGCUUGGGAAAAUGCACUACAACGAUUGGAGAAGCAAGAAAUGAUUGAAGUAUUAGAACCUGUGGAGUUUUCUACGAUGUUAAGUUAUGAUCACUUACAAAGUGAGGAGCUGAAGUCUAUUUUCUUGCUUUGUGCUCGCUUGGGUAAGGAUCUGUCAAUUAUGUAUUUGGUGAAAUAUUGCACUGGUUUAAGGAUAUUCCAAGAAGUCAACACCAUGAAAGAAGUUCGAGGUAGAACAAAUGAAUCUAUCGAGAAGUUAAAAGGCUCAAGCUUGUUGCUGGAUACUAACUCUCCUGAUUGUGUUGCUAUGCAUGAUAUGAUCCGUGAUGCCGCCUUAUCAAUAGCUUACAAGUAUAAUGGUGUUUUUACCCGAAGAGAUGCUGAACUUGAUGAAUGGCCUGAUAGAGAAACAUUUGAAAAGUAUACUGUUAUCUCCUUACACUGCUGUGACAUCAUUGAUGGGAUUCCAGAAGGUAUAAAUUGCCCUCAGCUCAAAGUCUUCCAUCUUGAUAGUAAGGAUCCUUUCAUAAAAAUACCAGACAAGCUUUUUGAAGGAAUGAAAGAAUUAAGAGUGUUAAUAUUGACUGGUAUUGGUCUAUCAAGCUUCCCUUCUUCAAUUAAAUGCCUAAUAAAGCUUAGAAUGCUUUGUUUGGAGAAAUGUGUGCUAGGUGACAACAUAUCAAUCAUUGGUGAGUUGAAGACGUUGAGAAUUCUAAGCCUUUUGGGAUCUAAAUUUGAAUUAUUGCCCAGUGAAUUAAGGCAACUAGGGAGGCUACAAUUGUUGGACAUCAGUUCCUGUACUAAACUUAAAGUGAUUCCAUCUAAUGUCAUGUCAAAGUUGAAUAGGUUGGAAGAGUUGUAUAUGGGAAAAACCUUGAUCCCAUGGGGUGUUAAAAGAAAAACAAAUCACAAUGAAAUUGCUAGCCUUGCUGAAUUGGAAUCUCUUCAACAAUUGAGAAAUCUUGAUAUACACAUAGAAGAUAUUACAACUUUGCCUAGUAGCUUGGACUUUGACAAGUUGGAUAGCUAUAAAAUUGUGAUUGGAGACUCUAAGAUGCUUUUGUUGGAAGAUUUUCAGAUGUCUUGUCAAUACAAGGCUUCAAGAGUCUUGGCAUUGCAUCUAAAAAAGGAUAUUGACAUUCAUUUGCAAAGAUGGGUUAAAAUAUUGUUGAAAAACGUUGAACAAUUGCUUUUGGGGGAAGUAGAUGGUCUUCAGAAUGUUACCUAUGAGUUAGAUGUUGAAGGAUUUCAAAGCCUUAAGCAUUUAACCAUUGAAAAAAAUUGUGAUAUCAAGAAUAUAAUCUACUCAACAAAGUGGGAACAUCAAGUGAAGGCUUUUCCCCAGUUGGAGUCAAUGUGUUUGUACAAAUUGGAGAGCCUAGAGAAAAUAUGCAAUUGUCAACUCGGAGAUGUCUCUUUUCAAAGUCUAAAAACCAUGAGGAUCAACAUUUGUGGCAGACUAAAAUAUCUCUUCUCAUUGGACAUGACCAGACUUCUCGAAAAGCUUGAAACACUUGAAGUUUCUGAAUGUGAUUCUUUGGAGGAUCUUGUUUUUGCGGAAAGGCAAGAGAAUAUUGGUAAUGAUACAGAAGAUGAUAGAAUUUCAUUUCCUCAAUUACGCUAUUUGACAUUGCAAUCUUUAUCAAAAUUAACAUGGUUCUACGCAAAUGACAAUAUGGAGAGUCUCCCAGGUUGUAUUCCGUUCUUUAAUACAGAGGUUUCAAUUCGCAAGUUAGAGAGCUUGGAGUUGUCCUCAAUCAAUAUCAAGAAGGUGUGGGAUAGCCAACCGUUGCCAAGUUCCUCCUUUGAAAAUUUGACCAAACUGAAUGUGAAUGAUUGUGGUGGUUUAAAAUAUUUAUUUUCAUUACCCAUGGUUGGGAAUUUAAUGAAAUUGCAAAGCCUUUUUAUAAGUGGAUGUGAUAUGAUGGAGGAUAUUUUUGACCCAGAAGACAUUAACAUAGAUGAAGCAAGCCAGGAGGUUGACAUCCUUCCUCAAUUGAAGAAAAUUGAAAUCACCAACAUGGAGGUAUUGAAAACUAUAUGGCAUGCCCGAGCUAGCAAAAAUUCCUUUUGCAGUUUGAAAUCUGUGAUAAUUGGAGACUGCCGCAAACUAGUCACUAUUAUCCCUCCUUACAUGGUAGGAAGAUUUCAUAAUCUUGGCAUAUUGGAGGUUAUUGAUUGCAAGUCAGUGGAAGAGAUAUUCAACUUCUGCCAGCCUAUACCACAACUAAGUGGUGAGAAUCAAACAAGCUUGCGAGUUGUUAAUUUACGAAGGCUACCAAAAUUGAAGCAUGUGUGGAACAAGGAUCCUCAAGGACUUCUAAAGGUGACAUAUCAGAUAUAA